AGAGUUAGUUCAGUCCUCAACAGAGCGAUAAAAUCAUAUGGUAAGAAUUUUAUGUUUGAUGGAAAUGACGAAACGUGUUGGAACUCCGAUCAGGGAUCUCCGCAGUAUAUUAUGAUGGCAUUUGAUGCUAGGGUGAAAAUAAGCAGUGUAGGUAUCCAAUUUCAAGGUGGAUUCGCCGGUAAAGAGUGCAGGCUUGAAGGAGGAUUGGAUAGCAAAAACCUACAUCAUCUACAAGAUUUUUACCCAAAAGACAUAAAUUCUUACCAAAUAUUCGAUGGAAGUGCAAGUGAAGAAAUUGAAUAUCUUAAGAUAAUAUUUACAAGUAGUUCGGAUUUUUUUGGAAGAAUAACAAUCUAUAAAUUAGAUGUGCUUGGUAACGUCUGUGAAUGA